UACCGCCGAACACCAUGGACAAUGUUGCUCGUCCAUGCGAGACAUUUCCUUCUGCUCCAAACUGGUUUGGUGCUGCCGUAUCCGCCUUCUGCAGUCCCCUUGAGCUGUAUGUCUAUGCUUCCAGGAAUAGGAUUAUUGCUCUCAACUCAAACACACUCCGAGUACAGAACUCCUUCAUAGCCUCUCAGCAUAAGCUGCAUGCAAUCGCAAUACACGGUACGAUCUGCGCCACGACAGGACAGGACAAAGCUGUUCGAUGCUGGAACUUGGAUAACUGUAAAUUAGAAAACGGCCAUCUUCGCCACCAGGCAGAAGUCAAUGCUCUCUGUUGGGCGAAAAAAGGCACUGUAUUGAUAUCAGGUGACAAACAUGGCCAGUUAUCUAUCUGGGAUAGAUCUCAGGAUGUCAUUGCGUCUAAAGUUCACAUCAACAACACAAUUCGAAUAAUCGGUCAGACAGUGAUUGAAGAGGAAGAUAUAAUAGCUGUUGGGUAUGCCAAUGGUAUGAUUAUCGUUGGCAAGCUAAACAGUUUGCAGCAAUUUGAAAUACUAUACCGACUGGAACACCAGAUUGACGAAAUUCAAUCAUUACGAUGGCAACAUACUCAACCAUUCGAGCAAAACACUAACUGGCCGAAGCUGGCUUCCGGAUCUAGGGAUGGAUCUCUCGUGAUUUGGGAUGUACCAAACGAGGACGUCCGUCUAAAAGUGUCACCUCCCAAAGACAAACAGAUGACAAACAAUCAACAGUCGCGCGUUUUCACAGUGGUAGCGUGGUCCACUAUAUUACCUCAGCGUCUCUUCUAUUCUUCCUUGAAUGGGGACAUAAUUUACAUAGACAUAGACAAAGCUGUACCCAAGAGCAACAAAUACAAAAGGUUUACUGAACUGCACUCAAGAUCUGUAUUUGGGAUUGACAUAGUGGAUGACGGGCGGUUUGCCAUCUCGCAUUCUAUGGAUAGAUCGGUUGUGAAGUGGGAUACAACUCAUAUAAAGAAAGAGUUUGCAAUCAGAACGAUGGGAGGAAUACCUUACUCGAUGGAUAUCAGCAAAGAAGAUGUAACGAAAAUGGCAGUUGCCCUGAGUGACAGUAACAUCAAAAUAUGGAAUGUGCCAAUAUCCAAGGAUGCAUUUUCUAGCCUUUCGAAUGCUGGAGAUUUAUACCGCUCUGAAAACAUCUGGAAGGGUUUGAAGGGGAAAAUUACAAAGCUCAAAUGGCACCCACAAAAUGAAGGUUCGCUUGUGUUUGGUACGGAGCACGGAUCUGUGAGCUUGAUUGACACGUACAGUGGCAAAACUACAUCUUUCAAGUCAUAUCACAAGGGAACUGUAUACUCCUUGGACUGGGUAACGUCCUCAGACGCAUUUACGCUAGCUUUGCAAGGAAAUGGUUCAUCCCAAGGACCUUGGGUGUUAAGCUGUGAUGGCCGCUCCGUCUACGUCCACGACUCCAUGAAGCCUUCUAAGCCUGCUGUCAAUAUCGAUGACGCCUUCAGGGAACAAAACUCUGUUUGGAUACAGUCUGUUCAGGAGAAAGGAAUAUCACGGUGUGAUGUUGCAGUGGAUAACGAUACUGAAAUGCUAGCGCUGGGUAACACUGAUGGAUCCAUUGAAGUGUACAGCUUGAGCAAUUUAAAACUUUUGUAUACGGCUAACAAUCAAACAAAGACAAUUAAUUGUAUGGCUUGGAAACCCAAGAAAGAUGGCCAGCAUAGUUAUUUAGCGACUGGCUCUGCUGACACUACUAUCUGCGCGCAUUACUUGGGCAAGGCAGACAACAUCAACAACCUACAAGAUAUCCCGCUCCCGGCCACUACCUUUGUGCAGGUCUUCAAGGGCCAUUUGGAAGGGAUCACAGAUAUUACCUGGCAACCAGGUGAAAAUGAAAAUAAGCUUGCAUCCUCUUCUAGCGACGGAAAUAUCCUGAUUUGGGAUCUUGAUCGCGAACGACCACUCAAUUGUAUACCCAGUUUUAUACGUGUUUUAUCCUUGUGCUGGAGCCCAACUAUACCCUCCACCUUAUUUUCUGGUAACGAAGACCACUGCAUUCAUGUUUGGAAAACGGAUGAACUACGCGUUAUGGAGGAAAAUGAGCAGGUCAUCAAAAAGUCCAUAAAUAGCGUCAAUUGGAAUCGAAAAAUGAUUGCAAAGCCAUCGAAAAAUGGCACUGUAAAUGCAUCUGAGGUGCGCGACGUCAAAUCAGUUCCUGCAAAACGGACAGCCGAUCAACAGCAAUCUGGACGAGUUACUGCCAAUGCAAGAAAGAAGGCAAAAGGUAAUGCUGAGAAUGGAAUUUUCACUCGUUUAGAGGCAUCAAUACAAAAUGCAAGUCGUAUCAGUACGUGCUACGAAUGUUUGAAAAUUGCCGCUGUGUGCGGGAACUGGGAAUCAAUCGUGGAAGACAUGGAGAAGAAAGCGCUUGAUAGGCUUGGGAAUUUGGACACGAUAAAGACGAAAGAGACAUUGGACGCCUGUAUGAAGCAAAGCGACUUAGAUACUGCUGGCGACCCAUUGUUUUCAGCUCUGUUUGAGAGUAAAAAUCGAGUGCGGGACAUGAUGGAUGAAGAAGUUGAUACAUAUAACAAAACCAACACCGGCAAGCAAAUAUCUGGUGUCACCGAUGUAACAUCCAAAGCAUCAUUCGACCCCAGAAUACUUCUCGAUGUCAUGCGCAACACGAGCGAAUCCAUUGAUGCAAGUGACAGCCGCAACACCAUGGUCACUACUGAAGACUGGGUAGCACUGGCACUUGCCCCGAUGUUCAGUAGGGAGUUGUGGGAAGAAAAAGUUGUAAGGUUAGCUGCCAAACUGGACAUGACCAACAACCCGCAUGGGGCUGUGGUCUGCUACCUUGCUGCGUUUCAAGUAUAUCCAGCCAUAGACGUUUAUCGACGAGCCAAACUGUACAAAGAGGCCAUAGCCCUAGCUAAAUUACGUUUACCGGAAGGCAGUGACAUUAUUAGCGAGCUUUUUAACGAAUGGGGGGCUUACCUAGAAACCGUAUCUCAGUACGAAUUUGCCGCAAAAUGCUACUUACAAUCGAAACGAGCAGGCUAUGGACUCAAUGCACUCAACGCUCUUGCACGUCCUAAUGAUGCUGUUGCUCUGUACUGGUCCGCUACCAUUGCUUAUGCCUUACAUGAUUCGUCGGCUUCCGAGCGGUUCAAUUUGUGGAUAGCCGAGUUGGAAAGACAAACCUCAGAGUCAACGAAAGAAUAAACACUUUUUGAUUCGAAAACAUUGCCUUUUACGGACGAAGGUUUCCAUAACACAACACAUCCAACUAAAAUCAUCACUCUUGGCUUUUCUUUUUUUUCUUCUUGUACAAACUUUUUUAUCUUACAUAAACUGGGAAAGAAACACUGGACGGAAUAGUUGAAAUAGAUACGGCCGCUCAGCUCGGUCAUGAACUCC